CACAAUUAAAACAUUUACCCAUCCCUCUCUUCCCAUUACCUGUGCUUGUUUUUUGCCAAUUCAUAUGGGUUUAGUUUUUUGCUUUCAAUUUUGAUUAUGACCCAGUCUCCCCUUCUUCUCCCACCUUAUAUACUUCUUUCUUCUUUCUCCCCCCUUUGCCGUUCUCUUCCUUCCUUCUUUCUCUCUUCUCAGCUUCAGAGUUCAUAUGUCUCUUCUGGGUAAUAUGAAUUUUGUUGCAAACAUACAUAGCCGCCCACCGAGUAUCGAUGGCCUCCGUGAAUGGCGUAUGAGGAGCCAUGCAUAUUCCAUGUACCAUGAUAUCUUCCAUGCUAUUCUAAUUUUGCAGAGCCUGCAGAAAGACACUUCCAAGGGUUUUCAUGUCUUCUCCCUUUUCAUCAUUGAGGAAUCUUGGAAAUCUGUAUUCUGCAAAACCCCAAAUUACAGUGAAAUUUUCUUAACUGCACUGCACCUGACAUCGUGGAAGUCACCAACACGCCUGCUGUCCAUCCAUUCACCUUCUUACAGAACCCUUCUCAUCAUGUCUGAUGGACCUUUCACCUGACCUUUGGUAAAAAAGCCACAUGUUCCAAUCCAUCAUACAAAAGUCCCAUCCCAUUCUGGCUGGCAAGCCUCAGUCUAGUUAUUUGCAUUCUUGUUUUUGUUUACCAUGUGUUCGAUCAAAUGUCACUGCUAAUUUGCAUCCACUGUCCUUGCGUCGAAGGAAAAUGGCAUAGCUUUAAACACAACGCUAGUUAAAUAAAGAAAAGUUUUUAGUUUCUUCAGAAAAACUUGAUGUUCAGCUUAAUAACUUUUCAACAUUUGAUUGUACAUGGAGCAUCCAUCAUCAGGGAUAGUUUUCCUUUUUCUUAAAUUUCUCCCGUACGACGCCCAUUCCAAAAGUUCAAACCCAAUCUGCCACUCUGGAAGUUGAUCUCAUCUCAUGUUCUAACUGUUGAAACACCGACCACCAGAGCAACACCUAUCUCCUAUGCACAAUAAACAUACAUGAUCAUAUCCUUUGCAGCUGACCGGGUUAAUUUGUUGAAUAUUUAGUAGUGAUUAAAUGCUUACAUAUUUAACUGGCAUUAUGUAUAGACAAAUUUCUCAGCAUUUGUGUCACUGGGAUGGUUUAAAUCCCAGAUAAUAAAUUUCACAUUAGAAA